AUGGCAACAGAAAUUAGGACUUUGGGACCUUUUUUAAUGAUGGAAAUGGACCCUGCCUUAUACUUUUUUUCUGUCUUAGUGCCUCAAGUUUACCCAAGGUUAAAGAAUCAAGGCAAGGGGACUGCUAGGGUCAGCCUCUCAAGGGAAAGCCAACAAAAAGAGGAUGAGCUUGUCAGGUGCAGGUCAAACUUGCUGGGUUACCUACAGUGUGUAGACAGUGGAGAAAACCUUCAAGAGAAGGCAUUGAAUGUUGGAGUUCUGGAUUGGGCACGCAAUGAUGUAUCAUCCACAAGCACAAUGUCAUCAUUGAAAACAAAUACAAAGUCAUCCACCCUUUCUAGUGCAGUUCCCAGGGAUGCUCCUGCCAAUAAAAGCAAGCGACAUUCUUCAACUUGCUCUAGUCUUAGCUCAUCCCACAAGGAUGAGCUUCCUCGAGGUGCAAAACCAUCUACUCAGAAGGUUAGACACACUCAAGAUAUUGAAACUACUUACAAGAGCGCCUCGGGUCAGCUAAAGAAAUCCAGGAACUAUAAAUCUUUUGGCCAAACUUAUUCAGAUGUAAUUCUUGAGAAGGGGAAGAACAAAGACUUAGAUCAGAGAAUCACUUCAGAAAUGGGAAAUAUGUCAUCAAACAUGAGUAACCAUGGGGUCUCUCCUCUGCUAAAGGAAACUGCACGUGUUUGUGAUGGUGGAGCAAAAAACAGAGUAGCGCAAAGGCGGGAAAUUGAUGUAAAUAAAAAGGAUUUGGAUCAGAAGCAUACUUCAGAUGGGGAGGCUUCUUUAUCCAAAUCAAGACUUUAUGCCGUUUCACUGGGUUCUAGGAAAAUGUUGAGUGCUCAGAGUGACAAAACUAAGAAGAAAGAGACCCAGGAAUCAGAGCUUGAUCUUACUCCUCGAUGUUUUCCUGGUCAGCGAAAGAAUAUUAAUCUUCUUAUUCCAAGGUCUGCCCGAAAUAGCUUUUAUGAAGAACCCCAAGAAUUAUUGGAUGGGACUUUGAAUGAAACAAAUAGGAAUAGAUUUUCCUAUGACUUCCUUCAGAAGGUUCGCUUCGGAGAAUUAUGUUCUGAAGUUCCUCAUUCUUGUCCGUUUCCUCCUGGAGUUGAGAUGAAUCCUGAAAAUGGCAUGAUGGCACAGGGUCUGGAGGCUUCAUUUGAUGCAUUUCAUGGGUCUGCAUGCCCAAAGAAGACAGGAAAUAUGAGAUCUCAGGGCGAUUGUUCAGCAGGUAACAAUAUUAAAUCUCAGGAUGCUGAUUUUGAAACUUUAAGGACACUGGAAGAAGAAAUGGCUGAACUGACAACCAGAAAAAGCAGAACUACUUCUCCAAAUCGUGGUUUUAGUUUCAGCUUAAAUCGUAUGACUAGAAGUUUCAGUUUUAAGGAAGGUUCUGCUGUCUCGCAAGUGAGCUCCACUUAUGUUUCUGUCAGAUCUGGUCCAGUGAGAUCUGAUUCUCCAGUUUUUUCGGAUGAUGCAAAGAGAGAGAAGGUGAAUGGCCAUAAUAGGACUAGGUCCAGCCCCUUAAGAAGGAUGCUAGACCCAUUACUGAAGUCCAAGGGCUUAAAUUCCUUUCGUUUCACUGACACUGUUCAGCCACCAAAAGGAAGCUUGAAUUCCUCUAGUGCACAGCCAGUUAAUACUAAUGAAUUCCUUGAGGAAGGAAAGUUUGAGUCAUCAAUAAUUCAUGCUCUUCUAGAGGUUAGAAUAAAGAAUGGACUCCCACUAUUCAGAUUUGUUGUUGACAAUGGCCGUAAAAUGCUUGCAACUACCAUGAACAGCCUAGCAUCAUCUGCCAAGGGGGGAUCUGAUCAGAAUUACAUAUUCUCUUCUGUUUGUGAAACUAAGAAGAAGUGUGGCAGCUGGAUAAGUCAAGGAAACAAGGAAAAAAAUUGUGGCUACAUCCAUAAUAUUAUUGGACAAAUGAAGAUUUCCAACUCUCAUAUAUCAGACUUGACUGCACAGGGCUAUUGUAAUGAGUAUCGGGAAAGAGAGUCUGUUCUGUUUGGUGUGGGGCAAAGACAAGCAGAUCAACCAUCAGCAAAGUUUACACCAAAUACAGAGCUUGCUGCUGUUGUCAUCAAAAUGCCUGGUGAAAGCAAUGAUGUACAGCAGGGUGAUAAAGACAUAAUGAAGAAGGGCUUUAUAGAAUGUUUGGCUACAGGUGGAUGCAAUUGCAACUCUAUGGAAAAUGCAAGCUUCAAUAGUACUACUGUCAUUGUUCCCCUUGGUGUCCACAGCUUGCCAAACAGAGGAAUACCUUCCCCAUUGAUUGACCGAUGGAAAUCUGGUGGAUUAUGUGACUGUGGAGGUUGGGAUGUUGGUUGUAAAAUACGUAUUCUCUCCAACCAGAAUAGCAGAUGCUGUAACAUUUCAAGGACAUGUCAAGCAUGCCUGAAUGCCAACCGUCUUGAACUCUAUGCCCAGGGAGAAGCACAACAGAGCAGGCCUAUCUUCAGCUUGGUUCCACAUAAGAAUGGAGUAUACGCAAUUGAGUUCAACUCAUCAAUCACUGCAUUACAAGCCUUCUUUAUUUCUGUAACAGUCAUAAGCUGUCAGAAAUCCACUGAUCUUACAGUCUUGGGUAACCUACCUGAAGGAAGAGAUAUAAUGGAGACUGUGGUAAAUGGCAGCCUUGGAAUGGAGAACAAACCAAACUUUCUCCUUGGAAACGUGCCUGCAAAACAUGCUGCUAACACUUCUCGUUCCCCUGUUGGGAGAGUAUAGUUUCGAAGUGGGACCUGCUUUACUUUUCAGGCAUAAUUCUAAAUUCUCAGAGGUGCAAAAAUGGGAAGCCAGGUUUAACUCUUUGAAAUUGCAUCCUUGGUUGACAAUCAACCAUUAAUGAGACAUACAGGGUCGGGCUGUAGGCUUGUUAGACAUGGUUAAUCAUCAUGAUUUUGUAAGAGGUGCACAAAGUUACCAACAGAUCACUUUGUAUAAAAGAAAUAAUAUUGGCAAUUCAAUAUGCCACUCUCACUGGUUUAAUCAAGUAGGUAUUUCUGUAAAGUCAAGAACAGCGAAGUCCGGUAUAUUAUCAG